AUGGGCAAGACGUUGGAUCAAAUCUCUAAGUCGCCUUUCGCGCGAAGAAUUGAGCGAGCAGAACUCCCCCGGCGAUUCACUCAACUCGCGUUUACCAUGUAUAGUGGCAAGACAAACCUCAUAGAGCAUGUGAGCCACUUCAAUCAGAGAAUGGUCGUCCAUUCCAGAGACGAAACCCUGAUGUGCAAGGUCUUCCCAUCCAGCCUAGGACCCGUAGUAAUGAGAUGGUUUGAUAGCUUGAAAGCCGGUUCCAUAAACUCCUUUAAGAAGCUCACCCAGGCAUUUGGUUCUCGCUUCAUCACCUGUAGUAGAGUCCCUCGACCCCUAUCUUCCCUACUAUCCUUGAGUAUGAGAGAGGGAAAGACCCUAAAAACAUACUCGAACGAAUAUUGGGAGAUAUACAAUGAGAUGGAUGGUAACUUUGAAGACGUAGCCAUCAGUACCUUCAAGAGCGGCCUCCCAACCGAGCAUGGCUUAAGGAAGUCCCUAAUAGGAAAACCUGUCACUAAUCUACGCCAACUUAUGGACCGUAUUGACAAGUAUAAGAAGGUUGAGGAAUACCAGCAAAUGGGUAAAGGAAAGGAUAAGGUUAUCCCUCGGGAAAGGAGGGAUUUCAGGUCGAACCGAUACAAUAAUAGCCAGCCAUGGAGAGAUUUGGUGGUCAGUCAGGACCUACCAACACUCAGGCAGUUAAUGCAGUGUUUCGAGAACCUGUGCACUAGGUUCUGGAGAAGGUUAAGAAUGAACCGUUCUUCAAAUGGCCAAACAAGAUGGCUGGGAACCCCCUGA